AUGCUGACACCUUCAACAGGUUUACGUUUUGUUCAAAGUUUAAAAGUACGAGGGAUAAGGGAUACAUUGGAUACAUGUACUUCCAUUUACAUUGUCAACAAUCACUGGGAAAGAAAGCAGGGUGUGGAAGAAAUGGAUGAGGUUUGUCUUUGUUCUGCAUAUAAAGCUAGCAAUGGAAGUAGAGGCUUUCGCAGAGUUGAUUCUUUAUAUGAUAACAUUUGUGAUAACGAUCAAUACACUUUUAAGUGGAGAAAGAUGUCAGUCUCAGUACGUAUUUCUGAUAUUUUUAUUUUCCCCCGUAGUUUCCAAUCAAGAUUCGUAGAACGUGGAAGUCAUUGUAUUGUUGAAAUAUUGAAUUGUUAUUCAAAGUUUAGUAAUAUACAUCAGGCUGGAACGAGCUUUAUCGUUGUUCUUGGCCAACCAAUUGAUCCACUUCACAAUGAAACCUCGUUGCGCUACUUCCCGUUGAGCAAUCGCAAUCCUGUCGGAACGGAAAAAGUUGUGAUAAUGUAUACUUUGCGUGGUAUAUGGGAAGCAGUGCUACUAUCAACUGGUAAUCGAGUGGAAGUUAAGAAGGUGUAG